AUGUACAACAGAACCAAGUGCCACAGAACCAUGUACAACAGAACCAAGUGCCACAGAACCAUGUAUAACAGAACCAAGUGCCACAGAACCAAGUGCCACAGAACCAUGUACAACAGAACCAAGUGCCACAGAACCAUGUAUAACAGAACCAAGUGCCACAGAACCAUGUACAACAGAACCAAGUGCCGCAGAACCAUGUACAACAGAACCAAGUGCCACAGAACCAUGUACAACAGAACCAAGUGCCACAUAACCAUGUACAACAGAACCAAGUGCCACAGAACCAUGUACAACAGAACCAAGUGCCGCAGAACCAUGUACAACAGAACCAAGUGCCGCAGAACCAUGUACAACAAAACCAAGUGCCACAGAACCAUGUACAACAGAACCAAGUGCCACAGAACCAUGUACAACAGAACCAAGUGCCACAGAACCAUGUACAACAGAACCAAGUGCCGCAGAACCUUGUACAACAGAACCAAGUGCCGCAGAACCAUGUACAACAGAACCAAGUGCCACAGAACCAUGUACAACAGAACCAAGUGCCACAGAACCAUGUACAACAGAACCAAGUGCCACAGAACCAUGUACAACAGAACCAAGUGCCACAGAACCAUGUAUAACAGAACCAAGUGCCACAGAACCAUGUACAACAGAACCAAGUGCCACAGAACCAUGUAUAACAGAACCAAGUGCCACAGAACCAUGUACAACAGAACCAAGUGCCACAGAACCAUGUAUAACAGAACCAAGUGCCACAGAACCAUGUACAACAGAACCAAGUGCCACAGAACCAUGUACAACAGAACCAAGUGCCGCAGAACCAUGUACAACAGAACCAAGUGCCACAGAACCAUGUACAACAGAACCAAGUGCCACAGAACCAUGUACAACAGAACCAAGUGCCACAGAACCAUGUACAACAGAACCAAGUGCCACAGAACCAUGUACAACAGAACCAAGUGCCGCAGAAACCAUGUACAACAGAACCAAGUGCCACAGAACCAUGUACAACAGAACCAAGUGCCACAGAACCAUAACCCAAGUGCCCAGAACAGACAAACCAAGUGCCACAGAACCAUGUACAACAGAACCAAGUGCCACAGAACCAUGUACAACAGAACCAAGUGCCACAGAACCAUGUACAACAGAACCAAGUGCCACAGAACCAUGUACAACAGAACCAAGUGCCACAGAACCAUGUAUAACAGAACCAAGUGCCACAGAACCAAGUGCCACAGAACCAUGUACAACAGAACCAAGUGCCACAGAACCAUGUACAACAGAACCAAGUGCCGCAGAACCAUGUACAACAGAACCAAGUGCCGCAGAACCAUGUACAACAGAACCAAGUGCCACAGAACCAUGUAUAACAGAACCAAGUGCCACAGAACCAUGUACAACAGAACCAAGUGCCACAGAACCAUGUAUAACAGAACCAAGUGCCACAGAACCAUGUACAACAGAACCAAGUGCCACAGAACCAUGUAUAACAGAACCAAGUACCACAGAACCAUGUACAACAGAACCAAGUGCCACAGAGCCAUGUACAACAGAACCAAGUGCCACAGAACCAUUUAUAACAGAACCAAGUGCCACAGAACCAUGUAG